AUGGCCAAAUCAAAAAAUGCGCUGGCCGUGGCGUCCAAGGCCAUUGACCCCACGCUCGAUGCUCUGUUCGCCUCCAGUGCUGGCCCUGUGAAUGUUCCCUCACAACCUCGACUAGGAGCACCGCAAAUCAAGAAAGGCUCAAGCGCUGCCAAAUCAAACGACGAAGACGGCGAUGACCAGGGCGACGAUGAGGUGCUCUCUGAAAUCAGCGAAGAGUUGGACUAUGGCGACGAUGACGAAGAAGAAGCAGGCGACGACAGUGCUGAGAAUGAAGGUGAUCAAGACGGCAACGAUGAGGAUGCCAUGUCGGUGACAUUGGAGGCGACUGAGACAGAAGAGAAAGUCAACGGCCUGGAGGAAGCCAAGACGAAGCGUGACAGAAAACGCAAGAGGAAGCAGGACAACGACGACCUUGAGGGCAAAUAUCUGGCCAAGCUUGCGGACAAUGACGAGACUGAACCAUCUGGUAAGCGCCUAAAGGGAGAUGACGGGGAUGCCCAGGAUGGCGCCCAAGAGGACGACGAGGACGAGGUGCCCGUGCACGAGUCCCUCACGCAAGAGAGCAAGCAAUCCGAGGUUGAGAAGGCCGCUCGGACUGUUUUCUUGGGCAAUGUUGCCACAGAGGCCAUUUCAUCCAAGUCAGCCAAGAAAGAGCUGAUGAAGCAUCUCUCCUCGGUUCUCGACAAGGAUGCCUCGCCGCCGCAAAAGGUCGAGUCUCUGCGCUUCCGGUCGGUGGCCUUUGCUACCGGCUCGAUGCCCAAACGAGCGGCCUACAUUACCAAAGCCUUGAUGGAUGCCACCACCAAGUCCACAAACGCAUAUGCAGUCUUUUCAACUCCCGCGGCAGUUCGGAAAGUCGUUGCAGAGCUCAACGGAACCGAAAUCCUCGGCCGUCACAUCCGAGUGGACAGUGUUGCACACCCAAGCCCAAUGAACCACCGCAACUGCGUCUUUGUCGGAAACCUGGGCUUUGUCGACGACGAAACUGUUUUGAACAGGAAAGCCGACGGCGAGACGGUUGAAAAGAAGCGCAACAAGGUGCCUUCCGAUGUCGAAGAAGGCCUCUGGCGCACUUUUGGCACCCAGGGCAAGGUUGAGAACGUCCGUGUUGUGCGUGACUCCAAGACCAGAGUGGGCAAGGGAUUUGCAUACGUGCAGUUUUAUGACGCCAAUGAUGUAGAGGCAGCUCUUCUUCUCAACGGGAAAAAGUUUCCCCCCAUGCUCCCCCGUCAACUCCGUGUAACGAGAGCAAAGGAUCCGCGCAAGACGGCCCAGGCUGUCGAGCGGGCCAGGUCCAAGGCAGAUGUGGCCGAUGGCGCUAGCCGCAGCACAAAGUACAGGGCCAAGGCAACUCCAGAGCAGCAGGCCGCCGCCGGACGAAGCCGCAAACUGCUGGGUCGGUCUGCGGCUGCAAAACAGCGACAUCCGGGUAGGAGGUCGUUUGCACCGGCGGCAAGGGACGGUGAGGCGGCAGACGGGAUCAAGACUCCCGAGGCCAUCAUUUUCGAGGGCCGCAGAGCGUCGUCCAAGGAUGGGCUUCCCAAGGACCUCAAAAUGGGCAAGAAAAAUAAGAAGAAGGCGGGCAGGCCAAUGAGACCGCAGAACCGCAGCGCUAACCGGGCUGCGGCGUGGAAGAAGAAGUAA